CAAGAAACAUGCUGUACUUAAAAAUGCAAACUUUACGAAACUUUGGACCUUUAGAUUAAAUAAAAAUUAAGGGAAAUUGUAAAAAGGAAUCAUAUUCUGAAAGCAGCCAAAGGAAAGCUCGCCAGAUAAACCUGCGUUUCAUUCCCCUACAAAGCUCUAAUCUUUCAAUCUCUAUACCUCUUUCUCUAUCUCUGAGAAUCUAUGGCGGUGGCUGCAGCGGCGAUGAUCGGGUUGCCACAGGCGUAUCUGGAAGGGAAGGAGGUGAAGGAGACGAGUUCGUUGGUUACUGAACUCUGCCGUCACUUUUAUACUCAAGGUUGGGUGUCUGGCACUGGCGGUAGCAUAACGAUGAAAGUUCAUGAUGCUUCGAUUCCUAAACCGGAGCAACUUAUCGUCAUGUCUCCUUCAGGUGUUCAAAAGGAGAGGAUGCAACCUGAGGAUAUGUACAUCUUAUCUGCUAAUGGAUCCAUCAUAUCUACACCCUCUCCAAAGCCAUACCCAAAUAAGCCUCCCAAGUGUACCGAUUGUGCUCCACUUUUCAUGAAGGUAUGGUUUUGUCGCUUUCAAGGUAGUAAUACUUGAUUCUGCGUUAGGGAUUUCUGUAUACGUAGCUUGAUUAUCACUUUGCUAUUGGCCUUCUUUAUCUUAUGGUAUUUUCUUUGAUGAUUGUGCAUUUUUUGUUUUCUCAAAUUGUUGAGCAAUGUUGGAUUUCGUCAAAGUGUUGAGCAGCAGUUACGGAUUUCAAGUUAUAAUGUUUUCUGUUAAGAAGGAUUUUUCUUAGAGCACAUGGUUAUGAACGAAAUAUGUUAAGAGCUCGUCGCUCUUUUCUAGUGGUAUUUUGUCCUUCCUCCCAUUUAGCUAGUGAUCUUUUACUGGAAUGGCAAAUACGUUGUUUGCUAAUGACUGUUGGAUUACAAUCCAAAAAAAAGUGCAGAACAGGCGACUUUCUUUGGGGAAACGCUUGCGAAAACUCGGUUACAAGGCAUAUGAGAUGCGAAAUGCUGGAGCUGUUAUUCACAGUCAUGGCAUGGAAUCUUGUCUUGUGACGAUGCUGAAUCCGCAAGCCAAAGAAUUCCGUAUAACUCACAUGGAGAUGAUAAAAGGGAUUCAAGGUCACGGAUACUAUGAUGAACUUGUUGUCCCAAUCAUAGAGAACACAGCAUAUGAGAAUGAACUAACAGAUUCACUUACCAAAGCUAUAGAAGCCUAUCCAAAAGCAACAGCAGUGUUGGUACGCAAUCACGGAGUUUACAUUUGGGGUGAUUCUUGGAUCCAUGCUAAGACACAGGCUGAAUGUUACCAUUAUCUGUUCGAUGCUGCCAUUAAGCUUCAUCAACUGGGUCUGGAUGCUGCUACCCCAGACCACGGGCCUAUCCGGAGAACCAUACAUUCACAGAUCAAGGAUUCACAAUACGAAAGAGAAUGGCCUCGGCGAUGGAUUGUCCUCGACAUUGAAGGAACAACUACGCCCAUUACUUUCGUCACAGAUGUUCUCUUUCCUUAUGCUCGUGAAAACGUUGGAAAGCACCUGAAUUUGACAUAUCACACAGCAGAAACCCAAGAGGAUAUUAAGUUGUUGCGGGCUCAAGUUGAGGAAGACUUGAGAGAGGGUGUAACCGGCGCUGUUCCUAUCCCUCAUGCUGAUGAAGGAAAAGAAAAGGUGAUUGCCGCUAUGGUCUCAAACGUAGAGGCAAUGAUAAGAGCUGAUAGAAAGAUCACUGCUUUAAAGGAAUUGCAGGGUCACAUAUGGCGAACAGGUUUUGAGUGUGAUGAACUGAAAGCUAUUGUUUUUGAGGAUGUAGCAGAUGCUUUAGAGAAAUGGCAUUCUUCAGGAAUUAAGGUUUACAUAUAUUCUAGCGGUAGUCGAUUAGCGCAAAAGCUUCUCUUUGGGAACACAGACUAUGGAGAUCUGAGAAAGUAUAUAUCUGGCUUUUUCGACACUACAAUCGGAAACAAGAAAGAAAGUAGAAGUUACAAGGAGAUAAAAGAAACAUUGGGAGUGGAUGAUCCUGCAGAGAUAAUGUUUGUGACAGAUGUUUAUCAAGAAGCCGUAGCUGCAAAAGCCGCAGGUCUGGAGGCGAUUAUAUCGAUUCGACCUGGAAACGCUCCAUUACCGGAAAAUCAUGGGUUCAAGACUGUCACAUCAUUCUCCCAAAUCUAGAGUUUCCUCUAUGUAUCUUCUUUUUCUUAUGGAGUUGCAAUUGAUUUGAUCACAUUUACCAAAUAAAAAAACAAACUUGAUGAGAAAAAAAGCUGUUUACUAGUGAUGAUAUCAGUGAAGUUUGAAAAAGUUUGUGCUGAAAGAAGCCCAUCUAGUCUCUUAAGGCCCUUGAUCCAGUAUCUGUCCAAUAAGUGUCAAAAUCUUCUCUAGAAAAGCCCAACUGCUUAAUCUUG